CGAAUAGACCCAACUCGCAAUCUCCUAUAACCCCUCGCUCAAGAAACCUCGGAAAAGCCCAAAACAAAGCCAUUCUCGCAGAUUACAUUAGUCCCAAUUCCCACAACCCUUCACUCAAGAAAACUCGGAAAAAGCCCAAAACAAAGUAUACUUCCAACGAUUUGGAUCUGUGAUCAGAGAUUGUGACAAUGAGUGACGGAGAAGACGCCGUUCGACGCCGUAAUGCGGUUGCGGAGUAUCGGAAGAAACUGCUCCAACACAAAGACUACGAAUCCAGGGUUCGAACAGGUAGGGAGAAUCUGAGAGCUGCUAAGAAAGAGUUCAACAAAACAGAAGAUGAUUUGAAGUCUCUUCAGAGUGUUGGGCAGAUCAUUGGAGAAGUUCUCAGGCCUCUUGAUAAUGAACGCUUGAUUGUUAAAGCAAGCAGUGGCCCUCGGUAUGUGGUUGGUUGCCGCAGCAAAGUUGAUAAGGAGAAACUGACUUCAGGAACUAGAGUGGUUCUUGACAUGACAACACUUACAAUCAUGCGGGCUCUGCCACGCGAAGUUGAUCCAGUUGUUUACAACAUGUUGCAUGAAGAUCCUGGUAAUGUUAGCUACUCGGCUGUUGGUGGUUUAUCUGAUCAAAUUCGAGAGCUGAGGGAAUCUAUUGAGCUCCCUCUUAUGAACCCUGAGCUUUUCCUUAGAGUUGGGAUUAAACCUCCCAAGGGUGUCCUACUUUAUGGACCUCCUGGUACUGGCAAGACAUUGUUAGCCAGAGCAAUAGCAAGUAAUAUUGAUGCUAACUUCUUAAAGGUUGUUUCAAGUGCGAUAAUUGACAAAUACAUUGGAGAAAGUGCAAGGCUGAUACGAGAAAUGUUUGGAUAUGCACGUGAUCACCAACCUUGCAUCAUCUUUAUGGAUGAGAUUGAUGCCAUUGGUGGGCGCCGUUUCAGUGAGGGAACAAGCGCUGACCGUGAAAUACAGAGAACACUGAUGGAGUUACUUAAUCAGCUUGAUGGAUUUGAUCAGCUAGGGAAGGUUAAAAUGAUUAUGGCUACAAACCGACCUGAUGUUCUUGACCCUGCACUUCUUCGUCCUGGGCGGCUAGACAGAAAGAUAGAGAUUCCAUUGCCAAAUGAGCAAUCAAGAAUGGAAAUCCUCAAGAUUCAUGCUGCUGGCAUAGCCAAGCAUGGUGAAAUUGACUAUGAGGCUGUUGUUAAACUUGCCGAGGGCUUUAAUGGUGCUGAUCUACGAAAUGUUUGCACGGAGGCUGGAAUGUCAGCAAUUCGUGCAGAACGUGAUUAUGUCAUCCACGAAGAUUUCAUGAAGGCAGUAAGAAAAUUGAACGAAGCCAAGAAACUGGAAUCAAGUGCGCACUACAGUACUGAUUUUGGGAAAGAAUAGAACUUCUGUUCUUUCUUGAAGUCAUUGAAUACUGGGCAGUCCAUUAUACUUUCGAUGUCGCCGAUUUGCUCAACUUAAAUGUUCAUUUUAUGUUUAAGAAUUUCCGAAUUCUGUAUUUUAAAUAUUUACAGCUUUCACAACAAAAAGGGUUGCAUACAAUGUUGGCAUAUCCAAAGCUGAGUACCCUGGAGACAAUUGUAUCAUCGAGCCUUUGCAUGUUAUAGGAAAUUGAAUCAUUUCACUCU